CGCAUGUUGAUUCAGCUCCUUUUCUAACACGAAAAUAUUUGAAAUUUAGGCAGCUGCUUAUUCAUUAUUCAGUGUUAAUGUAUCAGAUGUUUCUAUAGUCCUACCAGUUUUAAAGAAUUAAAAAUGGCUAACGAAAAACAAAAGUCUCUAGCCAAGAGAAGAAUUACCAUAAGGAAAAAAGCGAAACGUUCUGUUCCUGCUAAAGUGAUCAAUUUCCGUCCCAGCAUAAGAAAAGUUCUCAAGAGAAUAGAACCGAAUAUGUCCUUAAAACCAAAAGCGCUUGUUAUCCUCAACGAUGCUUUAAACCCUGUGAACGUUAAAUUAGUUGAUAUCUGCAAUAGAAGAUUUCGGCCUACCAAGAAAAAGCCGGAGAUGGGCGUUGAGGCGGCCUAUAAAGCUGUAACAACUGUCUUUAACAAUGAAGUACAAAAGCAUGCUUUGGCAGCUGGACACAACGCUCUCUUGAAAUUCCGUUACGGGUAUACAUUAUAUAAACGGAAAGGAACAAAACAGACCAGGCGAAAACAGAAGGAAAAACGAAGAGUUGCUUUGGCUCAUGAAUUCAAAACUGGAGUUCCUGCCAUUGUUAGAAUUGUGUACCCUGAAGCUAAGAUCGAUCCUAAAGCAAGAAACGUGAUGUGUACCUUUCUGAACGUGUUGUCUGCAAGGAUAACGAAGAAAGUAAAGGAACUGAAUUCAGAAACAGCUACAGCCGUCGAUGUUAAGAAUGCAGUUGAAGCCAUAUUACCUCGUACAAUGGCUGAACAUGCUAAGGCGGAAGGGAGUAAAAUGGUGUUUACUUUGGAAAUCAAUGGUUUCACUUUCAUUCCAAAAUAUCAUAAAAGAAGGAAAAGAAGAAAUGGAGGACAAGCACCAGUUAUUGUGAAUCUAGAACCACUGAUACAGCAGCUGCCAACUCCCACUUCUGCACCUCCCAAUUCACAGGAAACUUCCUGAUCAGAAAUGUUUUUUGUAUCAUUCAUGAAUUUUUAAAGGAAUCAACCGAGAAACAAAAUUAAAGUACGAAAAAUAAAAUAAAAAUAUUUGUGGCGAUGA